GAGAUUACACAGAUUUCUACUCUUCUCGCCAACAUGCAACCAACGUCGGGGUGAUGUUUAGAGGGAAGGAGAAUGCGCUAAUGCCCAACUGGUUGCACCUGCCAGUUGGAUACCACGGACGGGCUUCUUCUGUCGUCAUCUCUGGGACCCCAAUCAAAAGACCGGUGGGCCAAAUGUGUCCUAAUGAAA